AUGAUGUGCAGCACCUUUGAAGGCAGACUUAUACACAUGCAUUACAUCGAUCCCAAAUCCAAGAAGCUAAUCCCCCGCUCCGAAGCCCGACCCCAAGUUCAAGUUCUUCUUAUCUGCAAGCAAACCCAUAGACAAUACAGACAAGUAAUUUGGGAGAACCGAAGCUUCUCGUGGGAUUGUAGUUCGCAGUUCGUAAAGGCUUUCAGGUUUCCACACAGGGUUUCUGUCGAUGCCAUCGAUAAUUUAUCGAGUCUGGAGCUUUCCAUUUGCUUCACGAGGAACGAUCCAUACCUUGCAACCUGGUCUCAGGCAUGGAACAAACGAAAAUAUGAGAUGGAUGCUUUUGGUCGGUAUACGAGUACAUGGAAAGCUUUGAGACAAGUAAAGCUGCAUCUUUUCGGCAAUCGUGACGCUCUAAGGUCACGAAGUUUUGUUUAUGGUAUUCGGUCAAAUAGAUGUGGCUUCAUGUCGCCGGGUAACAAACUUGAUUUAAUUGAUUGUCAUAGAGGGUUUGUCAUGAUUUUAGAAUCAUUGCAUAUAGCUGUUAGCAACAUUGCGUUCCCUCAUAGGAUCAGACGAGCGAACGGUCGAGUGGAGAAGCUCACACAGAUACUGGAUUUGGGCUUAAAGUGGAAUGACUAUUCCGAUAAAUACCACAAGAAGAAUUGGGCUACACUCACCGCUAUCUUGGAAGCCUGCAAUGCUGCUUUCGAAGGUGGAGAGAUAUGGAUGGAUGGUAUUUUGUGCUGGAAAGAUAAUGUUGAGCAAGUGUGUAUGAAGUCAAUCGAGGACGUGAGGUUUUGUCAACGAAUGAUGAUCAGUGCUUGA